AUGCAAGAUCUGCGGGAUCUGCUUGCAGUUCCACCAGAAUUACCUUCACCACACCCUGACAGGUCGAGCACUGCAGUGUUGGAAUUCGAAGAAGGCCGGAGAAUGAAGCACAAUGCCGAUAUUGCAACAACAUUGGAGCUUCUCCAAGGGAGAUCCGAAACUGUUGGUGAUUCUGCGUACAACAAUAUGGGCAACGAAAUUACCGCUGAACGAGCCAGUGAUAUUACCUCUUUAGCUGUCAAGGCGACUGACAGGGAGGCCAGCCGGCGCAAUAUAGGGAAUGGGUCCCCACAAGCGUGCAGUCCUCCGGGUGGCGAUUUCAGUAUACAAGUUCUAAAACCGGCUCCACCCAAUACCCCAGACUCGGAUAUCCAAAAAGGGGAAGGCUUGAUAGAUAUUAAUGGACCGGAUGGACCGGACGAGAAACAAAGCGAUCUAGACAAAGCAGUUGACGCGCUGAUAGCGUCGAUUAGGAAACGAACUCAGCAAGAGGAACAUGCCACUCUCGUGAAAGUGGCUGAGGAUUGCAUGCCACCCAAUCUUCCUUCCACAGUUUCUGACCAGGUGAAGAAUGACGUGCCCAAUGAAACUUCAGAGAGCAUGGGAGCUGCAAAAUCCGAGAGGGCAGUAUAUAACAAGAAAACUGAGAAUACCGGUGAAAGAAUGUCCCCCGGUUCAAGAGCUCCAACACGCAUUUAUACGCCGCAAUCUGAAAAUUCAGAUCGAAUUAAGAGGGUCAAACACAACGGAACGAAACCAUCCGGAGGCCCAGCAGUUUCCAUGGCGGUGGAUCCUUUUCAACCACAUCAGGGCUCAGAGUCGAAGCAGCAAGAAAAUCCUGGAGUGCGAAUCAUUUGUUUCGAUUGUGAUGUUGCCUUCAGCACGCUUAUCGGUCUCCAGCACCACCAGAUCAUGUACGAGCACAAUUAUUGCAAAGUUUGUCUCAGCUUCUUCAACGACCGCUCGCUAUUCGAGCACCACAUUCAGUUGGUCCACAAUUUCAAAUGUAUAGAGUGUGCAUUGACAUACAAGACCUGGGAAGAAAAAGCAGAACAUCAACGCCAGACUGGUCACGGGUAUUGCAAAGAGUGUAGUAGCUACUUUUUGGACCGCGAGAGCCAUGCCAAGCACCUCAGUCUUCAUAAAAGCACAAAGUUUGCAUGCCCAAUCUGCAAUGCCAGCUUUGGAACCGAGCAAAGCCGGGUCAUGCACCAGACUGCAACCAAACACGCGUAUUGCAACGAAUGCGGGCGCUAUUUCCAAGACGGAGCAAGCUAUGCAAAACACGUCAAUGUCCAUAAUGCAACCAGCUUCGCCUGUCAUAUCUGUGGAAUGGGAUUCAUGACGGAAGACCAUCGAGACGCCCACCAACGAGAGAGGAAUCAUGGUGUCUGCUCACAAUGUGAGGCAGUCUUCGUAGACAAGGUGAGCGAGAAAAGCCAUAAGGGAGUUGCUCAUAAACACAAAUGCCAGAUCCGUGGCUGCAAACUUUCUUUUUCGACACCUGAUCUCCUGGCGACUCAUAAAGCAAAAUCACACCAUUUUUGCAGAAUAUGCACUCGUACAUUCGUGGAUAAAACGGCGCUCCUAAACCACGAGCGAACAUCUGCGAAGCAUGCCAAACCCCAAGUCAUGAGAUAG